AUGCGGUGCUGUGCGGCUGCUCUCCUCGCAGCCCAAGCAGCUCGUGCUUCGUCGAGCGCUUAUUUCCAUCCCGCUGGUGCGCCGCCUGGACCGCGCGAAGAGACAAUCCCCGUGGUCAACAUCGGUCCAUACAUCCGAUGGCGCGAGGCCGUCGACAAGUACUGGCCCCAUGACGGCGACGCGCCGCUGCCCGACGAAUGCGAGCUAAUUGUUAAAAAGUGGGGCGACGCGUUCCGCGCCUGUGGCUUCUGCCAGGUCCUCGGCCACGGCGUGCCCGACGACGUGAUCGCAAAGGCCCGAGAGCUGGGACGAGCCUUCUUCGAAACCACGACUGCCGCCGCGCGAGACGCCUGCGCCGGCGACGGCGGGCGCGGAUACAAGGGCGUGGGUGCGGUCGCCGUGGCGGCGUCGGGCGUCACCGCCGACGGCGCAUCCACGAUCAAGCGGCCUCCUGACUACGCGUCGGAAUUUGUAUUUUUAGGAGACGGGGAUGAUGCCCAAUUGCCCGUGCCUGGUUUAAACGACGCGCUCCGCGACUACUUCCGCGCGUGCCGACGCGCCAACGAGUGCUUCCUCGAGCUGACGGCGCGGGCGCUUCAUCUAGAACCGUCGACCUUCGCGGGUGACUUCGAGGGCGAGUCGUGGCUCAAUCGCCUGCGGCUGGCCUACUACCCGUCGCAAGCGGGCAAGCCGCCCGGUACGCGCCAGCUGCGCUACGGCGAGCACACGGACUGGCAGUGCUUUACGAUCGUCGCCCAGGACAAGCAAGGUCUGGAAGUGGAAGUGCCGUGCUCCGCGGAAGCCUACGCCGAAGCCCCAGAGGACCGCCGCGGCUCGCGGGAGAACUCCAUGUUCGUGCCGUGUACACCGGUCCCCGGAGCCCUGACGGUCAACGCCGGCGACCAGAUCCAAAUUUUGACGAACGGCCUCUUCCGCUCCUGCGUGCACCGCGUGGCGAACCCGGACCCGAGCGACGCGACCGCACGUCUCUCACUCGUGCUCUUCACGGGCCCGCGGCCCGACGCGCGCCUCGCGCCGCUCGCCGCGCUCGGGCCGCCGAAGUGGGCGCCGACGACGAGUGGCGACCACGUCCGGGCGAAGAUCGCCGCGGCGGCGGCAGAGUAG